AUGCUGGGCGGAGUUUGCGUGCAUACAGGCACAGUGCCCUCGAAGACCUUCCGUGAAGCAGCACUUCACCUGACAGGGUACCGCCACAAGGCCUUCUAUAACGGUCAGGCGGGGCCUAGCAGGCGCUUUGGCGUCGAGGACAUUUUGCAGCGCGUCAGGAAGGUGGAGGACGCCGAGACGGACAUCACCCGCCAUCAGUUGCUGCGUAACGGCGUGCAGCUUAUCAAUGGUACGGCCAGAUUCCUGACCGGCAACAAGAACAUGGUCGCAGUGCUGUCCAACGAGUCGUACGAAACGGCCACGGACGCCAAGCGACACACCAGCGCCGACAUCUGCAAGCGUGUUCUGACAGCCGACAAGUUCCUGGUCUGUGUCGGCACGCGGCCGGCGCGUCGUCCGGACAUCCCGUUCGAUGGCGAGACGAUCUUCGACAGUGACCAGCUGCUGUGGGGCAAUGUGAAGAGCGUGCCGCGUCGCCUGAUCAUUGUGGGCGCCGGUGUGGUCGGCAUGGAAUACGCCUCGAUGAUGACGAUCAUCCCAGGCACGGACGUGACGGUAAUUGACGGACGUCAGGAGAUUCUCAACAUGGCAGAUAAGCAGGUGUCCGAGGCGCUGUGUUACUCCAUGGCUCAGACAGGAACGCGAUUUCUCACUGGCGAGACCAUCAAGAGUGUGGAAAAGUCUCCUAAGGGCGAGGUCUUCGCGCAUCUGGAGAGUGGCAAGACGGUCGUGGGCGACGGACUGCUGUACACUGUCGGGCGUCAGGGCAACGUGGAAGGCUUGAACCUGGAGGCUGUGGGCCUCGCGCCGGACAAACGCGGACGCAUCAAGGUCGACAACAACUUCCAGACUGCGGUGCCUCAUAUUUAUGCUGCAGGUGACAUCAUCGGCUUCCCUGGCCUUGCGUCGACUUCGAUGGAGCAGGGGCGUCUUGCUUCCGUGCAUAUGCGUACGUCCAAGCCUCUGAACGACCUGGAACUCUCCGACGACAAAAAGAUGGAUGACCCGGAUCGUGUACGCACCCGUAUGCGUUCUGGCGAGGUGUUCCCGUUCGGUAUCUACACUGUGCCGGAGAUCUCGAUGGUGGGCAAGAACGAGCAGCAGCUGACGAAGGAGCAGGUCCCGUACGAGGUUGGCGUGGCUCGCUACGAAGAGCUGGCCAGGGGUCAGAUGCUUGGCGGUGUACCCGGUUUCCUCAAGAUCAUUUUCUGCCCAGACACUCUCAAAAUCUUUGGCGUCCACGCUAUUGGCGAGGGGGCCACGGAAAUUAUUCAUAUUGGUCAGGUGGUCAUGUCCACUGGUGGCACUCUCGAGUACUUCCGGAACGCUGUGUUCAAUUACCCGACGCUGGCCGAAGCUUACCGCGUGGCCGCACUCAAUGGUCUCCGCAAGAUCGAUCGUCUGCGCGAAUAA